GUUGUUUUUCUUUACACCACUGACGUUUCAUGUACAAGUUUCGUCUCAUUUAUCAAAUGAAAUACGCAUAAUUAAACUGUUGUGUUCAAAAACGUAACUGUAUGACGUUUACUCUAAAUAAUAACCGACUCCUAACAAGAAUUUGAUAUGAUGCGACUGUGUAUGCAUAAACACAACAAUAAGUGCACCUGCUCCGAUUGGUUCCGAAUUGAAUAGAAUUCACUAUUGGCCGAACACAGCCGAACUUGUUUUCGUAAAUAUUAUUUUCCUACAUGAUGAUGAUUGUUGAGUUUGUUCAUUCUUCAUACAGUUGAUUCUGGCCAUACUGACGUUUGGUUUUGGGUUUUGGCUCGGCGAAAAGCGAGGAGAUGAGUCACCAGGACUUUAGAAAGUUGCAUAUAUUCCUCCAAUGUGUAAGAAUGAUCCGAUCCAAUGUCAUCGAGCAGAGAAACGAAUGAAGGAAUGAAGAUUUUUGGUGAGACACUGAAACAUGUCAGAGAUGUCAAGCAAUCCUGCGACAAUGCCUGGAACCCAGGAAAUUGUCGAGUUGGCGAAAUUGCUGCGUCAAAACGGUGACAAAGUCUUGAAUGGCACCAGUAAGCUCUCUUUGUCCACAACUCUCCUACAUAACCUCAAUGAAUUUUUUCACAAAAUAGUCAAUGAAGCUGAAGAUAUCGAAAGCUCUUUUCAAGUCUGCAAUAGCUCGAAGAACGACAUUUUCAGGGAUAUCAAGUUUCUGCACGAUUUUGUGCAGAAAACGAUUGGACUCAAGAUCACUUGCAACUUGAGCGAUGCCAAAGUUGAGAUUGACAUUAACAAGUUUCGACACUUGAAAUAUUUGGAGUUGCAGAAAGUUUGUAUAGAAUCGACCAAGGGAAUCCAAAGUAUCCGGGGACAAUUGGAGUGUGUUAUUUGCGCUGGAGGAAGAGGGGUUGCCAGUCUUGGUGAUUUGCUAGCCGCUUGUGGGGGAGACGCUGGCGUUGGAUUUGUAUGGAAUUCUUUAAAUCGACUCUCCUUGACAUACAAUGCUUUGUGUGGAUUGGAUAAAUCUCUUGAGCUCACUCCCUGGUUGCAAAUGUUGGAUUUGAGUCACAAUCUGAUAUCGAAAGCUCCCGAGCUCGAUUGCUUGCCAAGCUUGAAGUACGUUAAUUUAGGCUACAAUAAAUUAGAGGCUGUCCCACCUUUUCACAAGGCAACCUUCCACACUUUACAAAAAUUAAUACUGAAGAACAAUUACAUCGAGAAUAUAAAUGGAUUGCAAGGACUUGAAAAUUUGGUCGAGUUGGAUUUAUCCUACAAUUGUCUGACUGAGCAUUAUAAUUUGUGGCCCUUGGAAUCGAUGUCGGGACUUUUGUGGGUCUCACUAGAGGGCAAUCCCUUAUCUUAUCAUCCUAACCACAGAUUGCUUUCUUUAAAACAUUUGCAUCCAUGUUUGAGUAGCAGUAAGUUUGUUUUGGAUCGAAUACCGCUUACAAGGACAGAAAAAAUGCUAGUUUCGGAAAAUCGGGGUUAUCCAAUCAGAUCGAUCGGCUCUGUUCCCAGAGAUUAUUUUUCAAGCAUAUCUGACUUCGCCUCUGAAAAUUCAUCGACUUCUCUGGAAGCAUCUGUAUGCGACGAUCUGAGCAACAAAAGGCAAUCUUUGGACCUGAUGGAUAGUUUAAACACUAGUAUAAUUAGUAUGACCAAGAGUAGAAAAAAGCAAACUGUAAAAGAAGCUAUAAUAGCAGAGGACGAACAAGGCAGAGACAUUUCUCCGCGAAAGUCUGUUUCUCUUUCCAGCUCAUUCUUGGAAUCGUCCAUGGACCAUUUGGAAACGAAGAAAAAAAUAGUUGCACUUAGGGAAAAGUUUGGUGUAAAUAAUUGGUUGAGUAACCCAGCAGGAACUGUUGCUAUUGAAACUAUCAUGGGAAUUGAGAAUCGAGUAAAUUUAGUGCCUUCUUCUUCACCCAUUCCUUCAAUACAAAUUUUAGGUACAGUACAAAAUUCAAACGAAGAUAAAUCUAUCGAUAGCACUGAUAAAAAUGCAGAAAAUGAUGCACCUGUUAUUGAUGAAAAUGUUGAAGAAACUAGAGGUGUCAGUCUCGAGGUUGCAGUAAUCGAGACAAAUCAAAAACCACGAGAACCGGAACUUGCCUAUAAUCCUGAAGAAGAAUUAGGUGACUUGUACCUGGUUCAAAAGAAGAAAAACGAACACGAUCUCGAAGAGGUGUUCCUAAUAGUGACUCCUGAAGAGGUGAUAGAGCGGGAUUCUAUAACCGGAAGAAUGAAAUUUCGUUGGUCGACGGAUACAGUUCUAUCUUGUGUUAUGGGCAGAGGAACAUCAGCAACAGUCGAUAUUAUUUUUGACACAGCACGCAAAGAUAGACAAAACCGAACAUAUCUUGUAGAAACAGAUGAAGCAAAAAAAAUAGUCAAGACGUUGAGUGAAACGAUAAGAUCGAGAUCUAUUGAAUUGAAGGUCUUCAAGUGUAUAAAGUGCUCAACGCAUUUUUCUCAUGACACGGAAAUUUCAACCACAUCCAUUUUACCUGGUUUGGGUCCUCCGAAGUGUCCAACUUGUCAAAGCUCUCUGGUAAUAAGAGCGGACGAUUUUAGCACACCAACAGUUGAAAAUAAUGAAAGUGUUCAAGCGAAGCGUGUGGAUGUCCAGAGAGAUUGUUUGGACACGACUCUUAUGCACUCUGAAUCGCAAUCCAGUAUAGGUGGAACAGAGGGUGGAGCUAUAAACAUCACAACUUCUAUCGUGAACAGCGACUUAAAACCUCGAGAUGCAAUCUCCAUUUUAAGUAAUCCAAGUCAAAGUAGUAUCGAAGUUUUAGAUGACGUGUCGAGGUUGAAUUUAACCCCAAAUCGGAAAAGAUCUGAAGAAAGGCGUAAUAUCGCAGUGCCUUCGGUUUUAACGACUGACACAGCUCCUAUUAUGGCGGGCCUAACAGAAAGUAGUUCCUCAGGCUCUAUGACUGACAGUGUGUGUACAGCUUACGAAAAUAAAAGUGUGAAGCUAUGCGAUAUUAGUGAAAUGUCGCAGAGUAGUGAUAAUGUCGAAAGCGAAGCACUUAAAAACGAUAAUGAAAAAGAAGCAGUAUUUACACCUGUUACAAAUUUGACGUCUAUGCUGGGAGAAUUAUUGCAAACAAUGAAGAUCGGAAGUACGAAAACAACCCCUGUAAAGUCGGAAGAGAGUUCUGAAUUUAUGGGAAGCGACGUUCGAUAUUCGUACACGGAUUUCAAUAGCGUCGAUCACAGAAUAAAACUUCAUAUCAUUUUAAAUAUCUUUGAACAAGAGAAGGAAGAACUUGUUCUUCUAUUGCGAGCAGAAAUGCUUGUUCAGACAUCGUCGGAGACGUUUCCAGGGUGCUUAGUUUUAUCUACGUCCAAAAUUUACGUGCUGAAGAUCACCGGACCCGAAGGAGAAGAUCCACAACGUUGGUUGCGAAAGGAAGCCAGUUGGACAAUGGACAGAUUACGUUCAUUCGCUCCACUGCCUUUCAAACAAGGUCUUUUGGUGCAAUUAGAAAUGCCAAAGAAAGCUGGAGAAGAACUCCAGGACUGCACUCUGUUGUGCAUUCUUCAAGAUUUUCAAAGGACCUCGAGUUUCCUAUUUUAUCUGACUGAACUUCAUUUGCCUGGCAGUUGCGAAGUCGAAUUCACAGUGCCGGACCACUGCAAUUUUUCGAUAAAAAGUGUCCUGUCAAGUUCGAAAAAUCAUCGGACAGGUGAUCCAGUCAGAUUGCUUGCGAUGUUUUCAUCGGCGACAGUAAAAUCGGAAAGUGGCUCAACAAAGUUGAAUAUUUCUGGACUCGUUACGACAUCUUCUGCUUUGAUUAUCCUCGAGGAUAAUUUGCAGUGGCUACUUCCGGAUACUAAAAAGACGCCCUCCAUCGCAGUGGAACAGGCUCUGAGUAAUCUAAUAGCCGUGGACCUAGAAAUCGAAAGCAAUGCCGAAAGUGGAACUGCGUCCCUAAAUUUGAGCUUCUCGGACGAGAUGGCCGGCGUAGAAGAAAAUUGGAUUAUAGAUUUUGUUUCAAUUGGUGCAGCAGAGUCUGUCGUCAGCUCGCUCCAACCUCCGUGGGAAGAAUUAUUCUCAAUUCCUCUGCAAAUAAACACCACAAUACUCGAUACUAAAAAAAAUGUGAAAAGAUAUCCAAUGGAAAUGCAUGUUAUUCACAGAAACAAGAUCUAUCCUAACAUGGAAGUUGCGUACAAUAAUUCGGAUGGACUCUCAAUUUUGGGAAUCUUCUUUCAAUUACAGGAAGAAGAUAAUCCUCGACUUUUUCCCCUUAUAAAAGUUUUACCCUAUGUUCAAGAGAUUAAUACUGAAGUUUCAGUAAAUGUACUUCUAACUUUAUCUGAUUGGAUGCCUUCAAGCACUGAAUUAUUUUACACCUAUAAAGGUUCUUUAACAUCGUCACCAUACAGCGAGGCAGUAACUUGGAUUAUUUUUCCUACAACUGUUCCUAUAUCCUUUCACCAGCUAAAUAAAUUUAGAAUUAUCUCAAAUGGCGAAGGAUUUCUAACCGAUAAUUAUAGGCAUCUUCAGCACGUUGGAUUGAGAAAAGUUUACGUCAGAAGAAUGGACACAACCCAUGAAAACGAAAUAUUAACGACGAAUAUCACAAAUUUAUCAUGGUUUUGGGAAUAA